AUGGCAGAUGCUGGAGACGCCGAAGAACUUGAAGAAGAAAUAGUGGAGGAUCGUUUUGAUGACGAAAGUUUUGACGAUGCUCCACUUUCGGAUCCUGAUUCAGACUUCGACGAGCAAGAACUACUUAGCGUUGACGACUGCGACGGUUUUGUUGGAACCGUCGAUCGAUUAAGGGAACCAAAGAGCUUUACUGUUGUCAUUAUUCUAGAGAAAGCUUCCGAGAUCAUGCAAAGAGAGCAAGAAUCAUUUUUUCGUGGUCAUGGGCGCUUUAUCCAAGAUGAUCCCAGGUUCGAGAGAAGCCAUUUUGAAAAAGAAAACAGUUGGGAGCCCAGCAUACAUAACCUGUCAUCAUUUGACCGUACUGAUAGUCCAGUGUCCAUUGAGAACCCAACACCACUUCCACAGGACCCUGGUGCACAAGAACAAUCACAACAAAUCCAACAAGGCAGCACUAGUGACGAGAAAGCCAUAGAAAAUAUCCCAUUGUCCUGUUGCUCCGAUGCGAAGUCUGCCAAAGAUACUGUACUACCAACCGAUUCUCUGGAACUAUUGAAACAUAAAGCUGAUCCUCGAGGGCAGAACUUGCCACGGUUACAAAAUCUUUCCGUGAAGGAACCUGUAUCUACGCCACAGAAAAGAUUAGAAAGGCGGUCGUUGGUAGGGAAUGAUGGCUCUCCGGUAAUAGCCAACGAAUCUUCUAUUAUUGGAGCACAGACCAGUACACCUGUAUCUACGGUAGCGAAACUUCCAACGCGACAGAGGCUUCGUGAUUUUGAUAAAAUGGUCCAGGAGAUAUCAAUUAUCAAAGCUGAAGGCACGCCAUCAAAUAAAACAAACGAAAUUUCGCAUAUGGCAGGAAAUCACUCAUUAGCGGAAUCAACAGACACUACAAUGUUAUCCGUUGGACAAAUUCAGAGCAUGCUCAAGGGCAUAAAAAGCGGAUCCCCAGCUACCUUGAUGCGAGAAUUGGAAGCGCAGCGAAGGAGCCGAGUGAAACUAAGAAAGCCGCGUGAUCUUCCACCUCUACCUCCAAAGUCUCGGCGAGAGUCGACGGAUAACGCGAACCUGUCUGGAGCCUUGUCGCUUCUUCGCGCGGAGAAAUCGGUAGUGCGCAAUGAUACUAAUGCAAAUUCACGUUUGGAUGCAACACGCCAACGAGAAGAGACUGUAUGUUUCAUUUUAGUAGUGAUGGCCUAUUGGAUAGAAUUGAUAUUUCAGAGUCACAAAGCUACUGUUAAGAACAACGAAGAGAUGACAGCGCACGAGGAAGUGCAGAAUCGUCGCCCACAAUCUGCUAGAUCAAGCAGUUCGUUGUCUACCGUCACGAAUGUCCGCAGCUCCUCUCAGAUGAGUUCAGAUAGCUCGCAAAGUCAAAUCAUCCUGCUAGAUCCGCAUCGCACGACUUCGUUACGCGUUGAGUUCUGUGCCAGUCAAAAUGCACGUUUUUGUACAAGUCUUUCGAUCAAUGCAAGUGGGGGUGGCGGUCCUGCUCUUACUUACAGAAUGCCUGUUCGUGGAGUGGGCGGAACAGCUGUACUGACGGUAAAAGACAGAGAAGAUUUACGCCUCUCACGCAAUGGAUCAUACGUACUACAAUCGUCAUACGAAUCCACAUUCUCCUUCACACUGGUAAAUUCGGGAAAGCGACAUGCAUUUGCGCGCACGGUGGUGCUUUAUUACGGAGAGUCCGGUAAUCCAGAGAAAAUUCCCGUUGACAUACGUCCGGCACCGGGAGUCGUUAUAGGACGAGAUGAAUCUACGGUGUGCUCUCCUCGCAUUCGUCCAAGACCGUCUUUGGCUUCGAACACAUCGCUCGAAAGAAGUUUACAACCUGAGGAUACAUUCCGUGAAAGAACAGCUUACAAUACAUUGAUGAUACCCGAUCAGACAAUACGCGCUAAUACUAAAUUACUAGAUUGA